AAACCCAAAGAAGGAGGAUCGAAGGUCGCCAUUCCUUUUACACGCGGGAAAAAUCUCUUGAUUUUUCACCGCCGGCGCACUCUGAAAUUCAUUCGUCCGAUGAUAUUUAUUAUUACUAGGGUUCCAGUUCAUGUUGCUAUAGGUCGUUGCUGGAUUUAUUAUUUAAAAUUUAACGAGGGAAAGAGAAGAAUCAAAAAGGGAAAAUCUGUCCUUGUCGGAACUUCAAAUGUCAUUUUGUUGUUAAAGAUUUUGUAUCCAUAAACGGUAAAAGGACGUAAACCAAGAUUAUUGUCAAAAUUGUGUCUUAUUUCGAUUUUAUGGUAAUUAUUGUUUAAAAAAAUCUUUUAUUUUUCCAGAAAAUCACAAUCAAGGACGUGUUGAGCUGUUACACCAUUUCCCCAAUUCUCUCUUUUUCAUUUUUUGGGUUUUUAAACCUGUGAUUCAAUGAAGAGAGCUUUUAAGGAACCGUGAAGCUCAUCUUCAAAACCCAAAGCUUUUAUUUUGCCGUUUGAUUUCUUCUCGGGCUUCUGUUUUUUCCCCUGAUAAUUUGAUAAUGUUGUUAAUUUUUUAGUUUUUUUUACCACAUUUUGUUUCCUCAAUUCGUUCGCCGUCAAGAUCGAACCAACAGCCAAGUUUCAAGGACGAGAAAGAACCAACAAUGGCGCCAUCGUUUGAUUGGUGGGCAAAAGGUGUUCAUAAAGGAACCCCAGUGGUUGUCAAAAUGGACAACCCAGACUGGUCGAUGGUCGAGCUGGAAGGUCCAUCGGAAGACGAUUUCCUCAUCGGAAACAACCCAACCGAUACGCGAGCCAAAGCGCGUGGCAAAAACGCCAAGCAACUCACGUGGGUUCUCCUCUUAAAGGCCCACCGCGCCGCCGGUUACUUAACCUCCGUUGCCUCCACAUUGGCCAGUAUCGGUCCAGCCAUCCGCCGUCGAGUCGCCUCUGGUCGAACCGACACCGAAAGCACUUCCUCCUUCGAGAACAAAACCGUUAAAACCAGGUUUUAUAAUUGCAUCAAAGUGUUCCUUUGGUUAUCUUUGUUGUUACUCGGUUUCGAGAUUGCUGCGUAUUAUAAAGGCUGGCAUUUCCGUGCUUCAAAUCUUCAAUUACAGUACAUUUUCACGGCCCCAUUUGGUGUUAGAGAUUUCUUCGACUGGCUAUAUUCUAAUUGGGUCUUGAUUCGGGUCGGGUUCGUUGCUCCCCCGCUUCAGUUCCUCGCGAAUGUCUGCAUUGUCCUUUUCUUAAUCCAAAGCUUAGAUAGGUUAAUCCUCUGUUUAUGUUGUUUUUGGAUCCGUGUCAAAAAAAUCAAGCCAAUUCCCAAAGAAGACGCUGUUGCGGAUCUUGAAACCGGCGAAAAUGGCUUCUUCCCCAUGGUUCUCGUUCAAAUCCCUAUGUGUAAUGAAAGAGAGGUUUACCAACACUCCAUUGCUGCAGUGUGUAAAUUGGAUUGGCCAAAGUCGAAAAUUUUGAUUCAAGUUUUGGAUGAUUCUGAUGAUCCAAUGACUCAGCUGCUUAUUGAAGAAGAAGUGCAUAAAUGGCAGCAAGUAGGUGCCAACAUUGUGUAUCAACAUCGAGUAAUCCGAGAUGGUUACAAAGCUGGUAAUCUUAAGUCUGCCAUGAGUUGUAGUUAUGUCAAAGACUAUGAAUUUGUUGCCAUUUUCGAUGCCGAUUUCCAGCCGACCCAUGAUUUCCUCAAACGAACCAUCCCCCAUUUUAAGGACAAUGAGGAUGUAGGGUUAGUUCAAGCAAGGUGGUCCUUUGUGAAUAAGGAUGAGAAUCUGCUAACAAGGUUGCAAAACAUAAAUUUGUCAUUUCACUUUGAGGUUGAGCAACAAGUGAAUGGUGUUUUGAUUAAUUUCUUUGGUUUUAACGGAACUGCCGGGGUUUGGAGGAUUAAGGCUUUGGAGGAUUCUGGUGGAUGGCUUGAGAGGACAACAGUUGAGGACAUGGAUAUCGCCGUCCGUGCUCAUCUUCAAGGAUGGAAGUUUGUUUUUCUCAAUGAUGUCGAGUGUCAGUGUGAACUUCCUGAAUCUUAUGAAGCUUAUAGAAAGCAACAGCAUAGAUGGCACUCCGGACCAAUGCAAUUAUUCCGUCUCUGUUUGCCCGAUGUUAUCCAUGCUAAGAUUAGCUUCUGGAAGAAAUUCAAUAUGAUAUUUCUGUUCUUUCUGCUAAGAAAACUGAUCCUACCGUUUUACUCUUUCACUCUUUUCUGCAUAAUUCUCCCCAUGACGAUGUUUAUUCCUGAGGCUGAGCUUCCAGCAUGGGUUGUCUGUUACGUCCCUGCUUUAAUGUCAUUCCUCAACAUCCUUCCGGCCCCGAAAUCCUUCCCAUUCAUUGUACCUUACCUUCUUUUCGAGAACACCAUGUCAGUGACCAAGUUCAACGCUAUGAUCUCUGGUCUAUUCCAACUCGGUAAUGCAUACGAGUGGGUUGUUACAAAAAAAUCGGGUCGAUCAUCGGAGAGUGACCUUGUGUCGUUGAUUGAGAAAGACCCGAAACAUCAGCUUCGGGGAUCAGAACCUGAUCUUGAUGAAAUUAAAGCUGAAAUCCUGCAAGAACAAAAGGCUAGGAAAAAGAAGCAUAAUCGGAUAUAUACAAAGGAAUUAGCACUAGCAUUCCUUCUUCUAACGGCAUCAGCUAGGAGCCUACUGUCUGCACAGGGAAUCCAUUUCUAUUUCUUGCUGUUUCAAGGUAUAUCCUUCCUUUUGGUUGGUUUAGACUUGAUUGGUGAGCAGGUUAUGUAAAGGACAGAUUAGAGAUUUUAGUAGGAAAAUCUCGAUACAGGUGGACGACACCGAAUCCAAGUACCGUUCCAAACGGGCUUUUUACUGUAGAUUCGAAGAAAUCCCAAGUGUUCUUUUAUGUCACCAUCUACCCUUGGACUGGUUCAUAUUCCAGCCACAAGAUGAAAACCUCUUUACUUGAAGACGGGGACACUCUUUCAGUAAAUGUGAGUCGAUUCUUUUGUAAGAAAAGAAAUAAUGGUAGUUACAGUUAUAAUGCAGGGUAGCGUAUUGGAUCCCUUCUUGUAGGUUUGAGACAUGAUGAAUGUCAUUGUGACAAAUAUCCGUGUUUUGGUUAUGUUGUUUUGAAUCUGUGUAAAAAAAUCCGCAGCUUUCAUGAACAGAAAUCACCAUUUCUGGUUAUGACUGGGAUAAGUUGAUGAGGAGGUAGCUAAGCAGCUCAAAGAACGGAUACCGUUUUCGGCUUGCAUGUUUGUAACACCUCCAUUUUAAGGAUUAAAUUGAAAUCUUUGUGGAGUACAGUGGGUUGGGGGGUUCACAAUUUUAUGGUGGGCUUGGGAUGCAAUGUAAUGCAGUUGGACCAUAUUCCAAUAUAUGUACACGUUUUUCUUAAAAAGCUACGAAAAUGAAAUCAGAAAUCCAUGGUGUUCUGCAACUAAGACGGCCAUCAACACAUCUGUCAAGUUGAAAGGCGCACUGGAAUUUGUUUUUUCU